ACUAAAUUAGUGAAUUGUUCAUGUUUCAAUGAUGCAGUAAGAAAACUUCUGUUAUUCCUAUCCCGCUAAUACGAAUGAGGACAAGAAAUGGCGGCGGGAACGCAAAAUUUUAAUUCUUCAAAGUUAAAGCUGCAAACGUUAUAUUUAAAACAACAAAAUGAAGACAAAUUAUUUGAAUUUUUAAAGGAUUUAUUGUUUUUCAUUUUCAAAGCUAUGAUAUGAUUUGGGAUAUAUAACGGCAAAAGGAUGGUUGAUGCAGAGACGCAAACAUAUACCUCUCUUUCGGAGGAUGCCCAUUAUAUGGUGCAAAAAGCUGUUGAGAAGGGAAAUGAUAUAUUUUAUGUCAGCAACAACCUAAAUACUAAGGAAACAACAUACUUUGGAACUGAUCUGGGGAAGAAGUUCUUGGAUAGCAAAAGAGAACUGCUUCUUGAGUUCUACAAGUUCUGUGUUGAGACUUAUUCAUCAGAGUCAGGUGUUGUUGUCAUCUCCUCAGAGAGCACAGAGGAGGCCACUACAGCAAAAAUAGAGGAUGACAUAACAGAAGAGGUGGAAGAUGAUAAAGAUGAAGACUGGAAAAUGGAGAAGAAAACACCAGGGGGUUCCAAUAAAAUUAAACACUCAAUCAGACGAAAAGUGGAAAUUGAGGAAAAGAUGGGGGUUAAGUGUGAUAAAUGUUCUCAGAUUUUCAAGACAGAUGAGUACCUUAAGCAGCACAUGCAGAUUCAUGAGAGAAUAAACUACCACUGUCCAGAAUGUGACAGGCCCUUCAGUGUGAAGCGAUACAUAUACAAUCACAUGAAGACCAUGCAUAACAAAGAUUACAAUGCCUCCAUUCAAAUUAAGAUGACUCCCUACAUACCGUCAGACUGUCCAGAAUGUAAAGAAACUUUCCCAUCUAUAGAAAUGUUGGAGAUACACAUGGACAGAGAACAUAGCACUAAAUCUGCCAAACAGUCGGGGUCAAAAACUAGUACACCUAGGGCAUCAGACACCCCCAGAACCUCUCAGAGGAUCAGAAAAGUUACAGAAAAGAUGAAGAGCAGUCAAGAGGCUUUGAAUUUAAAUUCAGAAGGAAACGAAGAGAAAAAUGCAGAUGCAAAACUAGAAAAAGAAAAGGAAUCAUCAAGUCCUAAGGAAGACUUUGCAUUUGUCUGUAGGGUGUGUCAAAAAGGAUUCAACCUAAGACGUUCAAUUGGUGUUCACAUGAGAAAAUCCCAUAACAUGGCAUACCAAGAGGAGGAAGUAGAAACUGAGAAAGAGAAGGAGGCAGAAGAUGUGAGUGAGUCGGUGACCACAACCCCUGCCAAGACAGCAGAUUCAGUAGGUGAUCAAGAGGUUGUAUGUACAACAAGAUCAGGGAGGAAGUCCAAGAAGUCAAGUAGACUUCUAGAAAUAGAAAGUACAAGCAUCAUGCCAGAAAGUCCAAAAAAGGCGGCGUCAGAAAAGCCAACUGCUCAAGGAGCUGCUACAACAUCUGAAGAAAACGGAGAUGGGAAUGCAGAAAGUGACAACAAUAGCCAAGAAAAUCAGCCCGGAACUAACAAUGCUGGAGAAAAUAGGGAAGGAGAAGAAACUGCAGCUAUUGAAGAAAUGGAAACAGAAACUGUUGGAAAAAAGGAGGAGAAAAUAUUUCAAGAGGAAGAGGAAUUCAAACCUAACAUAAUAGAAGAAAUUCAGGAGGACGAUGAAGAGUAUAAAGUAUCAGAAUCAGAGGAUGUCCAUGAAUCGGAUGAAGAUUUCAAGAUUUCUGGAGAUGAAGAUUUUGACCACAAGACUCAUAAAAGUACUCUAAAAGGUCAACGACUUUCAGCAAGAGGUAUUAAAAGAAAGUCAAUGUUUAAUGACAGUGUUGAAGUAGAUGGAGUCUUGCUAACAACUCCAGGCAGAAAAAAGAAAAAGGAUGGCAAUAUCAGCAUUCCACUACAGAGAGUAUCCAACCAGCACUUAUUAGAAGGACGAUGUGAGGAAACAAUAGUUAAUAAUAAAGUUUGGUACAGAUGCCUUCUUUGCAGCAAGGCUAUGAGAAUGCGUACAGCAAUUAUCAAACACAUGAAAACUCAUGACGAAAUGCUUGAGGGGACUUACCAAUGUUACAUAUGUGACGUUCGCUUCUCCACUAACUUCAAGCUUGGUAAUCACCUCAGAGAUACUCACAAAAAACUUAACGCCUUUGAAUGUGAAAAGUGCAAGCUCAAGUUCAGUGGUCGUAAGGCAUUCAUAGAGCAUGAGUCCAUUUGUAAUGUUGACCCUGAUAGUGUAACACCUCAACCUCUGAGUGAAGAGGAAAUAAGAAUUCAGACAACUUGUAUUUUUUGCAAGGAGGUUUUCCCAUCAAAAGAAGAACUACAAGAACAUGAAAACACUCAUAUGAAUGAAACUGGAGCCUUUCUCUGUCCACAAUGUGACCUCACAUUCUUAGAAAAAAGCUUUUGCAAGCUUCACAUCUUGACUAGUCACAGUCCUGAAGAGAAUAUGGUGGAGGAAAAGAAUGUAAAUCCACUUCAAUGCCGUCUGUGUUUGAAAAUCCUGAACACUCAAGAAACAUAUGAUGCUCAUAUGAAGAUCCAUGAUGAUGAAUCCCUGGUCUGCAAAAUUUGCAACAAGCGAUUUAAUUAUCCUUACACUUUGAGGAACCACCAUCUGCUUCACCAUUCGGAUGACUUCCCUUUUGAGUGUCCACAUUGUCCUCAAAAGUUUAAGCUGAAGCGUUACAUGACAAAGCACGUCAGCGACAAGCAUGAGGGGGACGGGGUAGCUAAACCAAAGUCGGACCUGGAUACCUGUAAAAUAUGCGACACACCGUACGUGUCCAAAGUUGACCUCCUAGAGCACAUGAAAGAAAGUCAUGAACAUGUCAUCAACACUCACCGUAAGGCAACAGACGACUCGGAGAAGUUUGCAUGUGCAAGAUGUCACAAGGUUUACAACACUGUGGAUGAUUUCAUCCUUCAUGUCUCCAACCACAGGCCAAAGAAGAAGCUUGUGUGUGACCACUGUGGAAACACUUUCAACACUAAGUCUAACCUCAAUACCCAUGUGAGAUUGAAGCACAGUACAGUGCGUCCAUUUGAGUGCGACAUCUGCAACAAGAAGUACGCCCUGCGCACACUUCUGAACCAACACGUUCGUUUCCAGCACUGCAAUGAGCGACCAGUGUCUUGUGACAUCUGUGGAAAGGGAUUCCGAACAAAGAGUCAGCUCCAAAAACAUAGCUAUUCCCACAGAGAGAACACCAUUGACUGUGAAGUCUGUGAGCACAAGAGCUGGACAAUGGAGGGCUACAAGAUCCAUUUGGUGGCCACCCAUCCCGAGCUGGCUAUUGAGAAGAAAAUCCAUCACUACACCUGUCAGUACUGUAGCCGCAGGUUUGCUGUGCUCCAUCAGUACAAGCGGCAUUUGGCUAUUCACACAGGUCAAAAGCCCCACAAGUGCACCCAGUGUGACUAUGCCUGUUCCAGUGUGGGAACCCUCAACAGUCACAUCAAGAGAGUCCACAACCCUUCCAGUCGAAUCUUCCAGUGCAACUUCUGCUUCAUGACCUUCUCUGAGGCCGGAAAGAUGUACCGCCACAUGGACACCACCAAGCACAUUGAGAACUGUCGCCGCAACGGUGUGGACCCGCACACCAUCAGGGAGGAUGUUUCUUACCUGAUCAAGAGCAAAGAAAACACCACAUCUAGGCGUGGGUACAACAUGGGGCAGUCCAUGAAGAAGAUGAGACCGACAGAGAUUAUCAUUGAAAAUGUGGAUGCCAUGGAACCAGAGGUCCAAGUCGAGGCGGUUGUGGAGGACCCAGAGGAGUAUUCUCAGGAAGAGUUGAAGAUUGAGGUUCCAAUGGCCACCUCUGAGGAGGAGGUGACUGAGGUCAUCCAAGAGGUUCAGGAGGUGCAGGAAGAGGAGGUACAAGAGGGAGAGCAGCAGAUCGAGAUCAACAGCGAGGUCCUGCAGCAGAUUCUUCAGGGAGCAGCUCUGGGUACCGACCAACAGCUGCCGCAAAACAUUGAGAUCAAGACACAGCUAGACGAGGACGGCAUGCAGUGUUUUGUCAUUCAGCUCCCAGAAAACUCAGAGUUCACUGUGGUUUAAUUGAUUAGGUUUAUGUUAUAUCUAUUUAUUCCAAUUUGACUUUUCGAAGAAUUAAAUCAUGCAAAAUUUGUCCACAUUGUAAUAUAAGUUAUUUAAAAUUGUCAAUGUUUUAUGGUUAUUUUAAUUUACCUCAAGGCAGUUUAUUCACAUAUUAUUUGACAUAUAAUCAAACUAAAUCUUAUCUUCUUUUUUUUAACUUUGAAAUGAUCAUUAUGAUGUUGACUAAAAAUGUUUGGAAGGCAAUAAUAGCAUUGUAUUACCAUAUUUGAAAGAUGUACAUGUAAAUACCUAAUAUUGUUUACCGCAUAUAAAAACUGUAACCUGUAUAUUUUUGUCCUCAAUUCAUCUGUUAAUUAACUGAAAAAUCUAGUAUGAUAAUAUUUACAGGAUAGUUUUAGCCCAAGACAGCUUGUAAAUUGUUAUUUAAAUAAAUUGUCAUCAUAGUGUUAAAAGGAUUAUACCCUCUAUAUUCCUGUACAAAAUGUUCUGAAUAUGUUUUCUUGGCCCCUAUCUUGUGUCUUGUGUAAGCGUUUUAAAUAUACUUUUCAAAUUGGAUUGUAUUACUGUAAUGAAGUAGAUCUUUUUGUAGUUUGUAUUUUAAGAUGAUGAAAUAGAGGGUUUUCCCCCCUAUUAUUGAGGUGUUUCUGAAUGCAACAAACUUUUGCAACAUAAUAAAGAAAAUAAUUAUUUUUAAUUACAUGUAACUACUUGGGUCAGUUUAACACUGCUGUGAAUGAAAUUAUGUACGGAAUAGGCAGUAUCUGAGGCUAUAGUUUUGGAGGAGGGAGGGGUUAUAAAUGAGUAAAGUUAGAAAUGCUAGGAAAUUUAGGUCUAUUAUAAUGUUAUAUCUUCCAUGUCUUUGAUUUGGUUACCAUAGUAGAUUUUCAGUUAGAUAUGCAAUUUUCAAAUGUAAAAAACAAAAUCGGCUAUGCAUUUCUAAAUUAAUUGGACAUCACAAAGCAUUUAAAUUAAAUUUUACUGAUGAGAGAAAUAAAACGUCUGUAUCUUGGUCAAUAAUUUUUUUAAAAGCUUUUUAUCUUCAUCCUGUAUUUGAAAAAGCUGCUAGUAUUGCCUACAACUAUUUUGAUAGUAUAUUACAUGUUCUAGUGUAUGUAAUGUUAAAUGUGUACCCUUGUUUUACAGGAAAAGUUAAUCUGGUCUAGUAGGUUUUUCACAAAUAGUUCUGUUUUCAAGAGAAAGAAAAAAAAGCCAAUACAUGUAAUGAUAUAGUCAAUUAGUUUUGUUUUGGUCAUUAAAAACGUUUAGUCACA